CGAAAAUUGUGCAUGCAUUGCAAAGUGAAGUGUAUGUGUGUGUGUGUGUGUGUGUGUGUGUAAGUGAGAGAGAGAGAGAGAGAGAGAGAGAGAGAGAGAGCUGUAAGGUAGGCAGGUAGGCAGGGCAGGAUUUACCUGUAGACCAGGUUUGUGCUCCUCUCUCUCUCUCUCUCUCUCCCCUUGUCUGUGUGUGUAUGUGUGUGUGUGUGUGUAUGUGUGAGUCUGCACCGACCUGAAAGUCCAGUUUCUCCAGGAAUUAUCGCCGAGGAGGCCAAAAACAUCACCAUGUCACAGGACUCAGACAACAGUAAGAGGCUGCUGGUGGUGGUCCCUAACGAUUCGGUUCAUGGGCGUCGCCCGUACACCAGUGAGGAUGAGGCGUGGAGGUCGUACCUGGAGAAUCCGCUCACCGCCGCCACUAAAGCCAUGAUGAGCAUCAACGGAGACGAGGACAGUGCUGCUGCCCUGGGACUGCUGUACGAGUACUACAAGGUUCCUAAAGAUAAGAGGGUGCUUCCUAAAGUGUCGGAGGAUCAGGAGAAAAGCAGUGUAUCUGACCCCCCAUCAGUAGAUAAUCAUGUCCAGGUGUUGAAGUCGGUUCCGGUGAAUCUAUCUCUCAGCGCCGAGCCUCAUGACUCUGGGAAGCGGGAGGGGUUUAGCGACGGCGGUCACGUUGCUACGGUGAAGGCGGAGGUGUAUGCCCCCAGCUUCAUUAACUCCUCCCUGCAGUACCGCCACGAGGGCGAGGAGCAGGCGAGGGUGGUGUUCGAGCAGAACACACACACACUGAGCACCGAACAUGCCGAGUACGGGAAGGACGGUCAGCGCAGCAGCCCUGACAGCACAUACGACGAGGAGGAGGACACCACUGAGAAAUAUCGUCCCUCGUCUCUCGGAGCCAACGACUUCAUCUUCGACCAAUCGAACCUAGACACGUUCCAGUACUCUCUGGAUGCCACCAUGUCGCUGAGACAGAAGCAGGGUGAGGGGCCAAUGAGUUACCUGAAUAAAGGACAGUUUUACGCCGUGACGCUAAACGAGACGAGCAGCAACAAACGCCUGAGACAUCCAAUCAGCAAAGUGCGGAGCGUCAUCAUGGUGGUGUUUAGCGAAGAUAAGAACCGCGAUGAGCAGCUGAAGUACUGGAGAUACUGGCAUUCUCGCCAGCACACAGCUAAGCAGCGGGUCCUUGACAUCGCGGACUACAAAGAGAGCUUCAACACCAUCGGGAACAUCGAGGAGAUCGCCUACAACGCCGUGUCCUUCACCUGGGACGUCAACGAGGAGGCCAAGAUCUUCAUCACAGUGAACUGCCUGAGCACAGACUUCUCCUCUCAGAAGGGAGUGAAGGGUCUGCCGCUGAUGAUCCAGAUCGACACGUACAGCUACAACAACCGCAGCAACAAACCACUCCACAGAGCCUACUGCCAGAUCAAAGUGUUCUGUGAUAAAGGAGCAGAGAGGAAGAUCAGAGACGAGGAGAGGAAGCAGAACCGCAAGAAAUCUAAAGGGAAAGAUGCGGCUGUCGGAGCGGUCACUCUGCCCAAAAAGAGCGACGCUACGCUGUUCAAGAUGAUGAUGGAUCUGGACUCUCAGCCCGUCCUCUUCAUCCCUGACGUUCACUUCGGAAACCUGCAGAGAGCAGCGCAGGUUUUUGCCUUCAACACUGAAGAGAUGGAGAGAGAAGGGAGUGUGUUAGUAAAGAGGAUGUUCCGGCCAGCAGAGGAUGACUGCUGCCCUUCGCCUCAUAAACAGAUCAGAGAGGAACCACAGAAACGAGUGCUCCUGUAUGUCAGAAAGGAGUAUGAUGAGGUGUUUGAUGCUCUGAUGCUGCGUUCUCCAACGCUCCGAGGUCUCAUAGACGCAAUCUCAGAGAAAUACAGCAUGCCUGCGGAGAGGAUCGCUAAAAUCUACAAAAAGAGCAAGAAAGGGAUCCUGGUCAACAUGGAUGACAACAUCAUCGAGCAUUACUCCAACGAGGACACCUUCAUCCUGAGCAUGGAGAGCUAUGGCGACGCCUUCAAAAUCACCCUGACUGAGAUCUAGACGCUUUUAUAGAAGAUGUGAAGCUUUCUUUCCAGCGUGAUGGAGGAAGUGGAGCCGCAUCCCAUUCCUCCUUCAAACCAAUACUUCAAAUCAGGUUCAAACGAAGCCUCGUCUCCUGAAGCUCCACACAAGAGCCGACUGGUCAGUCAUGUGACUCCAGAAUCAUCUCCAGUCCAGGAGCUCUUCUCCUGGGUGAAAUAAUGUGACUUUUCUUUUCUAAAAUUUAAUUCAGAGGUGAAAAAAUCAGACAUGUGAACAUUUAAAGUCCAGAAACCUUUUCUAUAAGUGACGUUUCAUUUCAGCUUUUAUAUUUACAAAAUUUCACCUUAAACAUUUCAGAUGAACAGCCUCCACUUUUAAGCUAGUAGUUUUAGAUGUACAAAUAGAAUUUUCUGAAAUAUCAAGUAUUUCUCACUCAAAAAAAAAAAAAAUUAAAACAUUUACAAAAAUUAAAAAAUAAAAAUUCAAGAAGACAAUGUGAAACUGUGCUGCAGGAAAUAAAAAAUAUAAUAAAUACAUCUAAAAUAUCUGUGCUGCAAUAUCAGAUUAUUAUUAUUAUUGUUUAUUACAAAUAUUAAAAUAUAAAAAUAAUAAAUAAUUUGCUAAAAAAAAAAAAAAGAAUACGAAUAUUUCGGACAAAAUGUGACAGAUAUUUUUUACGUUAUUUUUUAAAAACAAAGCGAUCGCCCUGGUCAGCCUCUGAGGGGAAAAAAUGACGACGUGAUCGAGUAAAUAAAUAAAUAAAUAAUAAUGAUGAUUGAUGCUGCAGAACUGAGAGUCAGGUGUAUUCUCACCUCGUUCCUUCACUACAGACUACUGCUUUUGAUUAAUAUAUAAAUAAUGAUUAUUUUGUGCCAUGUACAGUUUUUUAAUAUGUUUUGUGUAAUGAAUUUUUUAAAGAUAAUGACUGGAAUUCAGGCGUCGCUGGAGUCCCUGAUGUCACUGGGGUUUGGUUUUGUACGUAUUGCACUCGAUAUUGUGAAAUAAGACGUCCUUUGAUUUCCUCAUGUGUACGAGACAGACAUGUACAAGAAAGACCUGUUCGAGACAGACGUGUUCGAGACAGACAUGUUCGAGACAGACGUGUGUGAGACAGAUGUGUUCGAGACAGACCUGUAUGAGACAGACGUGUUCGAGACAGGCUUGUACGAGACAGACGUAUUCAAGACAGACGUGUGUGAGACAGACGUGUUCGAGACAGAUAUGUAUGAGACAGACGUGUGUGAGACAGAUGUGUUCGAGACAGACCUGUAUGAGACAGACGUAUUCAAGACAGACAUGUGUGAGACAGACGUGUUCGAGACAGACGUGCUCGAGACAGACGUGCUCAAGACAGACGUGUGUAAGACUUGUGUUAGCGUCGGUCCUAAACUCAGCCAUUUCUUCUGCGAGUAUAUAAAAGUUACUUUUGCUUUAAAAUGUUUUGUUUGUGUGUGUUGUGUUUGUGUGUUGUGUUUGUGUGUCCAGGCAUUUCCUGUUGUGACUUUAACCUUGUUGUGUCCCUCUGUCCUGUCAGAAGGGUUUAGUGAAAACUCAGAUGUUCAAACUCGUUAGUGAAGAUCUUAUUAUUUUUGUAAAUAAAACAUU